AUGAGCUCUCUUGUCUUCGUGGUAACAGCUCUUGAAGCUAUCGCGAACUCAAAAGAGGCGCAGAAGAGUGCGCCACUCAUCGCUGCUGUCCAGCAAGCAUUAAAAGAAAUUAAGGAAAACGAACCUCAAUUACCAGAUCCUGAUAUUAUAUUUGCGCCUUUACAGCUAGCUACAAAAGUGGGAAGCAUUUCUUUGUGCACGACUGCUUUGGACUGCAUCGGCAAGCUGAUUAGCUAUUCUUAUUUCUCUGUUUCCUCGCAUCAAAGCUCCGAUAAAGAAACCCUCCAGAACCCUCUCAUUGAGCGAGCAAUUGAUAAUAUAUGUGACUGUUUUCAGGGUGAAACCACAGCAGUUGAGAUUCAGCUGCAAAUAGUUAAAUCACUACUAGCUGCAGUGCUGAAUGAUAAAAUAGUUGUGCAUGGUGCAGGACUUCUGAAGGCCGUUCGACAAGUCUACAAUGUGUUUUUACUUUCAAAAAGCAGUGCUAAUCAGCAGGUUGCGCAAGGAACUCUUACGCAAAUGGUCGGAACAGUAUUUGAGAGAGUAAAGACAAGGCUUGACAUGAAAGCAACUCGACUAAACCUUCUCAGAUUGAAAAAUAAAACAAACAAUUCCAGCGAAUUAACUGCUAACAGUACCGACUUAAACGAUGCAAGCACAGCUGGAGACGUUGAAGACUCAAUUGAUGAGAACGUUGCCUAUGAAACUAGAUCUAUUGAAGAAGGCCCAAAACUUACACUCAAGGAUCUAGAAAACUGUAAGAGUUUCGAUGAUUCUUUGAUGGGAGAAGGGCCGACUAUGGUUACGCAAGUAAAAUCUCGAAACUCGCACCAAACACUUGCGGAGCAUGUUACUCCUGAGGAAGAUAUCAAAGAUAGCAUAGAUUCUGAUGAGGACGAGGAUGAAGUUUAUAUCCGAGAUGCAUAUCUAGUUUUCCGUUCGUUCUGCAAUUUAAGUACUAAAGUUUUACCUGCCGACCAGCUUUACGAUCUGAAAGGGCAGGCCAUGCGAUCAAAGCUGAUUUCACUCCACCUGAUUCAAACGCUGCUGAGCAACAAUAUCUUAGUCUUCACCUCCCCAUUAUGUACAAUUAAAAACAGCAGAAGCAACGAGCCAACAGGAUUUUUACAAGCCAUAAAGUUUUAUCUCUGUCUCAGUAUCACACGAAAUGGUGCUAGCUCAGUAGACAAGAUUUUUGAGAUCUGCUGUGAAAUUCUAUGGCUUAUGAUGAAAUACAUGAGGGCCUCUUUUAAGAGAGAAAUAGAAGUAUUUCUGCAUGAGAUAUACUUAGCCCUUUUAGAAAGAAGAAAUGCACCAAUAGCCCAAAAACUAUAUUUUAUGGGAAUACUGCAAAGACUCUGUGGAGAUCCACGUGCCUUAGUCGAGACUUACUUAAAUUAUGACUGUGACAGGAACGUCGACAACAUGUUUCAAACUCUAAUUGAAGAUCUUUCCAAAGCAGCAAGUGUUACUGUAAUAGUAUCUCCUCAGUUGCAACAACAGCAUGAGGAAAAAGUUGCCAAAAGUGGAAUGUACUGGCUAGAAUGGCAAUCUCGGGGUGCCUUACCGCCAUCACUAUCAACGUCACAUAUAACCGAUCGCCAUGCAACAUCUGAAGAUGAAGUUCCAAAAGAGUACAUAAUGAAGCGACAAGCCUUAUACUGUUUGGUUGAAGCAUUGCGAUCUCUGGUAAACUGGUCUCAGCAAGGAAUUGCUGAUAUGGCAGUUGGCCUUGAAACAGAAGGUAGAAAUUCCGAAGAUUUACGGAAUUCUCUCGACCAGACAAUUAACGAUAGUUCUUUGAGGACUGGUACCGCAGAAAAUAAUGUCCCAUCAACUCCAGUUGUAGACGACGAUCCAGAGCAGUUAGGUAAGGAGAAGCAAAGAAAAACUGCCUUGAGUAAUGCAAUUCAGCAAUUCAAUUUUAAACCCAAAAGAGGCAUAAAGUUAUUGAUUUCUGAAAAAUUCAUCCAAAAUGAUAGCCCGGAAAAAAUCGCACAGUUUCUGUUGUCUGAAGAGAGACUUGAUAAGGCUCAAAUAGGUGAGUAUCUUGGUGAAGGAGAAGAUCUGAAUAUUGCCAUCAUGCAUGCUUUUGUUGACUGCAUGGACUUCACAAAGCGCCGCUUUGUUGACGCACUACGACAAUUUCUCCAAUCUUUUCGGCUUCCUGGAGAAGCUCAGAAAAUUGAUCGAUUCAUGUUGAAAUUUGCAAACCGAUAUGUCACAGGAAACCCUAACGCUUUCGCCAACGCAGAUACAGCUUACGUGCUAGCGUAUUCGGUGAUUUUACUUAAUACGGACUUGCAUAGCUCUAAAGUAGCAAAGCGUAUGACAAAGCUAGAUUUCAUCAAAAAUAAUCGAGGUAUAAAUGAUAACGCAAAUUUACCUGACGAAUAUUUAAAUGGUAUAUAUGACGAAAUAGCCAAUGAGGAAAUAGUUUUAAGGAGUGAGAGAGAAGCUGCAGCAGCAAUGGGUGUAACGCCUAUUCAACCUAUUGGAAUUGCGGCUGGUUUUGGCCAGGCCUUGGCAACAGUCGGGCGAGACUUGCAACGCGAAGCAUAUUUACAGCAAUCUGAGGAAAUAUCGCAAAGGUCUGAACUAUUGUUCAAAGACUUAUUUCGUAAUCAGCGUAAAAAUGCUGCCAAGAAUGAAGCAAAUAAAUUCAUUCCAGCAACCUCCUUCAAGCAUGUAGGCCCUAUGUUUGGUGUAACGUGGAUGUCUUUCUUUUCAGGCUUGUCUGGACAAAUGCAAAAUUCGCAUAAUAUUGAGACAAUCCGAUUAUGUAUGGAAGGUAUGAAACUAGCUGUGAGAGUAGCCUGUGUCUUUGAUUUAGAGACACCUCGGGAAGCAUUUGUUUCAGUGUUGAAGAAUUGUACAAAUCUGAAUAAUCCAACUGAGAUAAUGGCAAAAAAUAUCGAAGCUCUGAAGGUAUUGCUUGAGAUAGGACAAACUGAAGGAGAUCUUUUAAAAUCGUCAUGGCGAGAUGUACUAAUGUGUGUCAGUCAGCUCGAUAGGCUCCAACUUAUAUCAGAUGGUGUUGAUGAAGGCUCGAUUCCUGAUGUUUCAAAAUCGAGGAUCGUAGCACCCAGUGAUUCACUCUCUGAAUCUCGAAAAUCCACUCAAUCCUUAAGACCUCAGCGUACGCGAAUAAGAUCGACUGCUGCUAGCUCCAGCAUACUAAUGAAAAUCGCCCUAGAAGGUAGAUCAGAUGAAUUUAUUAAGGGUGUUGAUAGAAUUUUCACCAGUACGGCAAAGCUAUCUGGAGAUGCCAUUGUUCAUUUCGUGAAAGCGCUAACAGAGAUAAGUUGGGAAGAGAUAAAAAUAUCAGGACAAAAUGAAUCCCCGAGAACCUACAGCCUCCAAAAGCUAGUCGAAAUCAGCUACUAUAACAUGACAAGAGUUAGAUUUGAGUGGACCAACAUCUGGGGUGUCCUAGGUGAACACUUUAAUCGAGUUGGCUGCUACAAUAAUACAGCUGUUGUUUUCUUCGCUCUAGAUUCAUUGAGGCAACUUUCCAUGCGCUUCAUGGAGAUUGAAGAACUACCGGGCUUCCAAUUUCAAAAAGAUUUUCUCAAACCGUUCGAACAUGUCAUGUCUAACAGUACUGUCAUAGCGGUCAAAGAUAUGGCUCUACGUUGUCUAAUCCAGAUGAUUCAAGCAAGGGGAGAGAAUAUACGGUCUGGCUGGCGGACUAUGUUUGGCGUAUUUACUGUCGCUGCUAAAGAACCUUAUGAGGGUAUCGUGAACCUUGCUUUCGAUAAUGUUAAUCAGAUUUACAAAACUCGAUUUGGUGUCGUAAUUUCCCAAGGUGCAUUCGCUGAUUUGAUUGUCUGCCUGACAGAGUUUUCUAAGAACAUGAAAUUUCAAAAAAAGGGUCUUCAAGCACUGGAAACUCUGAAGUCCAUAAUUCCGACGAUGUUGAAAACAUCAGAGUGCCCAAUAUCACGUCAAGCUAAACUAAACCCGGUCACCUCUCUCAAGUUGGAUGAAGCUCCAAGUGCUGAGUCAAGGACUUCUCGAGAAGAAGCCUUUUGGUUUCCAGUUCUUUUUGCGUUCCACGAUGUGUUAAUGACUGGUGAAGAUCUAGAGGUCAGGUCUAAUGCACUUAAUUACCUCUUUGAUGCUUUAAUCCGCUACGGAGGUGAUUUCCCUCCGAACUUUUGGGACACACUCUGGCGGCAUCUACUAUAUCCGAUAUUUAUGGUUCUUAAGUCAAGUGCCGAACUUUCUGAUAUUGCUAGUCAGGAAGAACUUUCUGUCUGGCUAUCAACCACCAUGAUUCAGGCGCUCCGUAAUGUGAUAAUCCUCUUCACCCACUAUUUCACCGCAUUAGAGUACAUGCUGGAUCGAUUUUUGGAUCUUCUAGCUUUAUGUAUCACCCAAGAAAACGAUACAAUUGCAAGGAUUGGCAGUAACUGCCUUCAGCAGUUAAUUCUUCAAAAUGUUACGAAAUUCAAGCCCGAAAACUGGUCUCAGAUAGUUGGUGUAUUUGUUGAACUCUUCGAAAGAACCACCGCAUACCAAUUAUUUACUGCAACUACUACAUCUGGAGCAAGUACCGGAAGAGAAAGUAUAUCACUCGCAGAAGACUUUACUGAUAUCAAGUCGUUACGCAUAAAUGGGACAGGCUCAAGUACACUAGACGUAGAAGGGUUAACAGACCAAGAGUCCAAAUCCCAGUCUAGAUCUAGUAAUGAUCUUGAAGAUUAUAAGCCCCAAUCCGAGCUACAACAACGACCGGUUGUGGUAACGGCUGCUCGUCGGAAAUUUUUCAACCAGAUUAUAACCAAGUGUGUGCUACAGCUACUCAUAAUUGAGACAGUAAAUGAAUUAUUCUCGAAUGAGACUGUGUAUGCUCAGAUUCCUUCGCCGGAACUUCUACGCCUAAUGUCACUGUUGAAGAAAUCCUUUCUUUUCGCCAGAAAAUUUAACGAGAACAAAGAGCUACGGAUGCGAUUGUGGCGUGAGGGGUUUAUGAAGCAGCCUCCUAACUUACUCAAGCAAGAGUCUGGAAGUGCAGCAACAUAUGUAAGCAUAUUAUUGCGUAUGUAUCACGAUGAAGGAGAAGAGAGAAAACGUAAUAGAGAUGACACAGAGAAUGCACUUGUGCCUCUUUGUGCCGAUAUUAUCCGUGGCUUUACUCUACUAGAAGAGGAUAGUCAACAACGUAAUAUUUUUGCAUGGCGACCAGUUGUUGUCGAAGUUCUAGAAGGAUAUACCAAUUUUCCGGCUCAGGGGUUCGAAAAGCACAUAAAUACGUUUUACCCCCUAGGUGUUGACUUAUUAAGUCGCGAACAAGGAGUCGAAGUACGCAUUGCCUUGCAAGCAAUGUUACGAAGAGUUGGUGAAGUGCAAUUGGGAAUACCCGAAUUGAGGAGGCCGAGUACCACAAUGUCCCCUGAGAUUACGAGUCGCAGGUCGAGUCGAAGAGACUAA